AUGGUAGAACAUCCACAAGUAGUAGAAUUCAGUUUUGAUGGAAUAAGAUACCUCAUCAAGGACCAUGAGAAAGUCAAAAGCCUUUUCAAUGAAUACUUGAAUGGAACCAACACUUCACAAACUCACAAACGCCAACUCGUCAAACAAUUCACCACAGAAAUUGUCAAGCAUGCUUCAAGUGAGGAAAGAUAUCUCUAUCCAAUCCUUUUAGAAAAGAUGGGAAAUGAACAAGCCAAACUCUUGUACAAUAAGAAUUUGCUAGAUGAUUUGAUUACAAAGGAAAUGUUACGUUUCUUCGAGACGAGUGUAAUUCGUAAUGACUUUGAUUGGCACGUGUUUGAUAAGGCUGUUAGGAAAUUCAUCGAGAUGGAACUUCAUCACAUUGAAGAGGAGGAAAAGGAUGUUUUUCCGAUUAUUAGACAAUCACUUAAUGAGGAAGAAUUAGCAACACUAGAAGAUGCAAUUAAAUGGGCAAAAGAUCACGGGCCAACUCACCCUCAUCCGAUGGAGAGUAUGACAAAUCCACAAGCUGCAAUAACUCAUCCAGUUACAGGACGUUUGGAUCGCUUACGUGAUGAGAGAGAACAAAAUGCAAUGAAGGAUUAA